UCGACCCAGCCGUUCCGCGGAGCCGCGGGCAGGAACCCGAGGAGCAGGAGUCGGCGGCUGUUCCUCGCUGAGGGCGAUGUGGCCGGCCGGCGCGGGCACCAGGCUGCCCUGUCCCCGGGACUCUGCGCUCCGGCGGGCGGCUUUCUCUGGGAACCUCACCGCCCUGCCUUCUCACCUCGUGCCAGCCGGCCGCAGCGUCCGGGUCUUCAUCAGCGCCAACCCUGAAGACACGGGAGCAGAAAGACAGGCACUAAGAGAAAAUGUGUAUCCCAAAUUGAGAGAAUUCUGCAGAGAAAACUAUGGAUUAGAAUUUCAGGUCAUAGAUCUGUACUGGGGAAUUGAAGAAGAUGAAUGGGACAGCCCUGAGCUCCAGAGGACCCGGAUGAAGCUACUGGAGGACUGUUUGAAAACUUCUGCAGGUCCAUGUUUUGUUGUGGGUAUAAAAACACUAAUGCUUUAUAUUAAAUUCUAGAUGAAUGUGAGAAUUCUUGAUU